AUUUGACUAUUGCGCAUUUAGUCAUCGUAAACUGUUCAACAAGGAAAGGAUCACAAUCCACGGGAAGUGUUUGGAAGAGAUAGUGUCCGAGGAAGUAAGGUUACGUGUGCUUAUCUUAGUGCCGAGAGAACUGUUUUUUUUUUUUUUUUUUGGAAACUAUAUAGAAACCUGGCUGGACAGAGACACUGCCAAUUUAAUCGGUUAUCUCGCAUCAAUGCGGGAUGAAAUAAUAGCAGAUCAAAAUCGAUUGUAAGCCGACGGCUUAACUUCGAGCGUCCGUACUCAGUUUCAGUGUAAACUAGUCGGUCGUCGAGUGUGUUGUCGGAAAGAAAGACAGUGUUGAAAUACAUUAUUUUUCUCCGACACCUAAUUUUUUCGAAUCAAAGAGAAAAUAAUUGAAAAAAAAAGAAAUCUUCCGAUUCAACGACAACCUAUUAAUUCAAUGCAUCAUCUCUAACCUUUUUUUUAAGUGUUAUUUUCACUUUUCCUUUCCUCAUGUAUAUCAGAUGGAAGUGAUUGAUAAAUGAUCACGACUGAAGAUCUAGAUAACACGUGACAUUAAAAAAAAAAAAAUUUUAUAUGCUACUCAAAUUGAAAUUUCACAAUUUUAAUAUUAAAAUUUGAAAUUUAUUUUUUGAAAAAAAUUUUUUUCUCUUAAAGGGGAAAAUAUAAGAUCUCGGCGAAAUUUUUGCCGAGGUCAGUGAAUUAUAUAUAUAUAUAUAUAUUUUGUUAAAAUCAACAUUCAAUAAAAAUGUCAUCGGCAUGUGUGGCAAACUGUACAAAUCAAGAAUUAUUUCAUGAUAAUUUAAUUGAAGAUUAUUGGUCAUCAUGGAAUGUGGCUAUGGAUUAUUUUGAAUAUCAACCAUGGUUUUUCUCCUUAUUAGGUAGUUUUAUGGUUGGUCUCUCGGGUGUUCUUCCUUUGUUAAUUAUUCCCAUUGAAGCAGGGACAAAUUUAAAAAAUGGAGCAGGCGCAGGUACGCUUAAAUUGCUUUUAAGUUUUGCUGUUGGAGGUUUGCUUGGAGAUGUAUUUUUACAUCUCUUGCCAGAAGCAUGGGCCAGUAAAACUCUUGCACAAGCUCACAAUAAUAAUAGUCAACUACCAUGUGGACUUUGGGUAUUGUUCGGUUUUCUAGUCUUCAUUGUUGCUGAGAAAAUGUUUAUCAAUGAAGGUGAAAAUAAUUCUAACGAGAUGGAGGAGAAAAAAGAAAUAAAAUCAACUGACGAUUAUCUUUUCAAAAAGGUCAAAGAAUUUGAGAAUAAUAAUUUUCUCACAUCAUCCGAUAAUGAUAUUAUAACAAAAUUAAAAAAUACAUCAGAGAAUCAACAUCCAUCAGUUGUGGAAUUAAAAUUAAAUUUCAAUAAAUUAUUUAACGGUUAUAAAACAACGACAAAAAAUGGAAUUCUCAUAUAUCCACAAAAUGAAAUUGUUUCAAAUAUUAUCAAAAAAAAUGGAUUUAAAUCUUGCAAUGAUAUUUUAACUAAUGAAUAUUAUACGAAUGGUUUUGUAUCACUCUCGUCAAAAUGUUCAAAUGAAUUUGAUUUAAUUAAAAAAUAUAAAAAAAAUGAAAUAAAAUUAGAAGAAAAAAUUGAAAAACCAAAACAUAUUUCGGGAUAUUUGAAUUUAAUGGCAAAUUGUAUUGAUAAUUUUACACAUGGCUUGGCAGUUGGUGGUUCAUUUUUAAUUUCAUUUCGAUUGGGCGCCCUCACGACAUUUGCAAUUCUUGUUCAUGAAAUACCACAUGAAGUUGGAGAUUUUGCAAUUUUAUUGAGAAGUGGUUUUAGCAGGUGGGAUGCAGCAAAAGCACAAUUAAUCACAGCAAGUGGCGGAAUUUUUGGUGCUAUGGUUGCUGUUAUUUGCAGUGGAAACAGUGUUGAGUCAAGAACUAGUUGGAUUCUUCCAUUUACAGCAGGAGGAUUUUUACACAUUGGUUUGGUAUCAGUUUUACCAGAGUUGCUCAAAGAAACAAAUCCCAAAGAAUCUUUAAAACAAUUGGGUGCUCUACUCGCUGGUAUAACAAUUAUGGCAUUUUUGACUAUAAUUUGCGACUAAAAUCAGUGUAAAUAUAAAUUUUUUUUUUUUUUUAAAUUCAAAUUUGUAAUUUUCUACUAAUGUGUCCUGACACAGUGAAAUAUAAAUUAAAAUUCGACAUUUCGUCAGGUGAAAUAAAAUACCCUGCGCUAGAAAUUUUUUUUUUUUUGUUUAAUUGUAAAUCUAGCAAAAAUCAGGGUAUUAGGAAGCAAUUUAAAAUUAUGCAUUUGGCGAUAAUAGAUUUAUAUUCACGUCGGAACAAGAGAAAAAAAAAUCUUGUUCAAAAAAAAAAAAAAAAACGAAAUUAAUUAUUUAAUUAUAAACAAGGCCAGUAUUUGCUGCUUUUAAAAUCAUUUUGAUAAUGAAAGCAAAAUAAAAAAAAAAAAAACACUCCAAAGAUAUUAUGAGCGGCUUCCACUUUAUCCUUAAUUUGGAGAGAAAAGAAAAACAAAUGUUAUUUUGCAGGAAAAGUCAGUUUUUUCGCGCACAGGAAAAAUGGAAAUUAAAAAUUAAUGUAUGUAUAUGUAAUUUUUUUCACAGUAUUAUACAUGCAUAUUUUUUUAAAUUCCUCCUAAGGCUGUAAAUAGUAGGUUCGCAAAAGAAAAAAAAAAAAAAAAAAAAAAGUGAGGGCGAACAGAAUUGGAUCGAACUUAAUAUAUUUUUUUAAAUA